UGAUUAAAGCUCAGAAUUGUGUCGCCACUUCGACAACAAUGGGGAGCAAACCCGAGACGUCCGCUGAGGCUCCUGCGCCUCACGCCUUCCCCUUUUUCUCUGUGCUGGCAGUGGGACUUGUGGCGGUAGUGGCAGCUGCAGUGGCCGUAGUGGACCCUUCCGAGCUUCGCCAGCUGGUGUCCACCUACACCGGUGUCUCCUUCAGCAACACGACCGUCGAUGGCGUGGACUGUACAGUAGCCGAGCAGUAUUUGACCGAUGUGCUUCCUGUGAAGGGCUUCCACGUUCUCUGCAUCCAGAAACGUCCGGAGGGAGAUCUGGGUAUUACUGCUUUCAAGCAUGGAAAUGCGCCGUCCAUGAGGAUUCAGAGUAAAACUGAGUUUACAGACUUGAAGACGCAACUGGAGAAAACGUUGGAAAUUCAAGGGCCGAAAGAUGAAGUUGCUAGGCAAUAUAAGCAGCCGUACGCAUUUUUCACCCCCGAAGGCACGAAACUUGAGAGACUGGAUGAAAUGGUGAACCAAAUCAUCUUCCUCUUCGAAGGAGGUCAGUUUGUCUGGCCGGGUAUUCGAAUCGGUCACAAGACUUUGGUUAAGGACGUGGCUGGCAAGGGCGACGUGGUGCUUGAGACUUUGAGUAUGAUUCCUCUUGUCUUCAGUGUGGAGGAAUUUCUCAAGGACGACGAGAUUGACAUCAUCAUGGACUUGUCCUUGGAACAUCUAAAGCCGUCGACUGUGACGCUGAUGGACGGACAUGAGAACCGAGCAGCCACAGACUGGCGAACGAGCACGACGUACUUUUUGUCGUCGAGUAAACACCCAAAACUUGGUGAGAUUGAUCAACGAGUAGCAGACCUGACGAAGGUCGCAAUAGAUCAUCAGGAAGACGUGCAGGUGCUUCGUUACGAGGAGACGCAGAAGUACGACCAUCAUACGGACUAUUUCCCGGUGGAACACCAUAAGAACUCGCCUCAUGUGCUGGAAUCCAUCGACUAUGGCUAUAAGAACCGUAUGAUCACAGUGUUCUGGUACAUGUCGGACGUGGCCAAGGGCGGUCACACGAUCUUCCCGAGAGCGGGUGGAACACCUCGACCACAGUCGAUGAAAGACUGUAGUAAAGGACUGAAAGUUCCUCCGAAGAAGCGUAAGGUCAUUGUUUUCUACAGUAUGCUGCCCAAUGGAGAAGGGGAUCCCAUGAGUCUUCAUGGCGGAUGUCCUGUCGAAGACGGCACCAAGUAUUCUGGCAACAAGUGGGUGUGGAACAAGGCGAGGAACUGAGUUUAAAAAAGUUUCGAUGAGGUUUGAUGGACAAUACAUGGAAUGAGCUAGCCACACUGUGGUAUUUUAGGGACUUGUUUUCUUUUGUAGAUCAUCCUAAUGGGUGUGUGGAAGUAAAAAAAAAAAUAUCUUAAGAGAUCCUAG